AUGUCCGGCGCCCUGACGUCCAACGUGAUCCUGGGCACCAACGCUUACCGUCACUUUCGGUGUCCUCACGCUUCCCUGCAGUUUGGACCGGAAGAGACGCGGGCAGCUCAAUCUUCCCACCACGCCGCCAUCUUGUCCGCUCACCUCAGCUCCACAAUCCGGCCUCCGGCUCCUCACCCCGUCCUGAACAGUCACUGGGGAACCCCUGCUGGUGAUAGCCGUCUCUCCUCGCUGCCGACCGCGUCGUCUCGAUACCGGACUGGGGGACUAGCGCGUAGGAGGCCUAGAACGCCGGGCCCUCCUACUGCCACCUGGAACAUCAGCUGCUCCGUCCGUCCCUGCAGCCGCCUCCGGACGUCCAUCCACCCAGGCGAGCACAUCCUCCAAGGAACCAGCUCCAUGUGA